AUGGCCAACCCUUCCGUCGUGCGUCUGGUAUGGCUUUGGAUGACUUUGGUCAUCGCCUUGUACGACAAGCGUAGAUUACAAGGUAAACUUUGUUGCACCUCCUUGCUAUCUUAAUUGAACGUCAGCCUUAACAUGUAUCUACAGUGUUUGAAUGUUUUGAUAGCAAAAUCGGGGUUCCUUUCGGUAUGUUUGGGGUUUUGAGGCCUUUUCAUGAUGAGUUGUGUGCGUUUUGUCACACUGGUUUUGUCAGUAGCAUAGAUUUUAAGGUAAUUAUGACAUAACACUUCGUGCUCCUCUUUGACAGCAAAUGCUCAGGCAAAUGGACAAGACCCAUCACAGCAGCUGCAAGUCUGCCAUGAAGACCAUGGAAGAUGUAUCAGGGAUGCUACAUUUCAAAACUGUAAGUUACGGCGGUUUAGAAUAGCAAGAUACAAAUGCACCACCAACCGAUAACAAUCUUAAUUAUGAAGAACGUCUAAAAUUACAAACGGGUAAAGAACUCAGCACAUAAUAAACGCUUGUAAGGAUUUCAUAGCUGCGAAGAGUUAAUUCCUUUAUUCAGUAAUGAGUAGCUUCGAAGAAACUUAAUAACAGUCGCGCGCGCUUGUUAAAGUUUUCAGGUACUAAAGCACACAAGAGAAACAUUUACAUCCAGACAACCUUCGGUAGGGUGCAGCUGACGGAAUAUGAUUAUCGCUUUACACACAGGCUAAUUACUACAGCAUUAACACGCACGGUGAACGCAAAAAAUCAUUAAAAAUCUCCAGCCAUUCACUGGCUUAAAAGAACUUUAUUUUUGUGCAUUUAGUCUGUUAAGUUACCUGCAAGGGGUUUUGACAGCAAAGAAAGGGGAAAAAAUCACGUUUGUGUUUAAAUCAAUAUUAGCUGAUGCGGAAAGCAUAAAUUUACUGUUUGUCAGUGACAGAGAUUCAUUUCUAGAGAGCUUUUUAUUCAUAAAGGAAACGAUUCGUUUAAUCUUUGUGGAACAAACGCGUUUCGUUUUUUUGCUGUAUUUUUAUUACAGGGUUUUCCGUCAGAAAAUAAGAAAAAAACUUGUUUGCCUUGUUAUUCUAGACCGGAACGGAAUUUUCACUUGCAUUUAAUUUUGAGAUGUAAAUUUGAAUUACUUAAAAUGUUUACAGUCACAAUUAACGACGAAAAAAGACCACUUUAUUUUCAAUUUUCUUACAAGCGCAGGGUUGAAAGGAAAUAAACAAAGCUUCAGAGAUUCUUUCAGAAUAAAUAUAUGAAAUAUAAAGAAUUUAUAAAAUAAUUUUACGUAAUAGUAAAUAAUUUUAAGUAAUAAUAUUUACAAAACUUAAAGUUAAGUAAAAUACUUUAUAGCAUUUGCUGACAAAAUUUUCCAUUCUUGUGACUAAAGAGCCAUAGUUUUAUCUUAUAGUUUUUAUUAUUGCAAUCUUUCGUGAGCCUUUUCUAUAUGCUACCAGAGUUUAUGGUGGAAAGCACGCAUUUAACCUUGUGGCGUUUUUAUCAGAUACUAUAUAUACUAUGACAUGUCAGUAAUAGAUCACAGGAAAUUAAAAAGAAUAGUUGCAACACAAAAGUGAAGCAGAAUGUUAAGAUGUAACACUGUAUAAUUAUGUUGAGGGGAGUUGGGGUUGACAGGUCUCUUUAAUACUAUAGACCACCAGCAAUCCAUGUUAGUAAAAUUAAAAGGAUGAUCAAAAUUCAAAUGUUAAAAUGACACCUGCUAGGGAGGAGGCGGGCAAAGUUUCUUGCAAAGUUCCAAGUUUCUUGCUUUGUUUUCCUUCACUUGCAGAAGCUCUUGCCCUCUCCUCUUUCAUCUCUCUUCAUUCUUAACUCUGAUUGUCAUCAAUAUCUCACCAGGCAAAAAGACAACUUACAUCUUCAUACUCACAAAUAUUCUUUUUCUCUUCGGGUACAGGGUCCUCAAAUUUGGAGUGACAUUCCUCUCUCACUUCGUAAUUCAGUCACUCUUUCUACUUACAAACAUAAACUGAGAGAUUAUUUUCAAUCAUUAUAAGUUUAAACUAAGUUGAACUCCAAUUUUUUUUCUCCCUUCAAACUCUUUUCUUUAUUACUUUUUGCACACUAUCAUUAAUUGUUAUGUUUAUUUUGCUUUAUAUACAGUAAUAAUUCUUUAUAUGUUGUAAUAGUUUGCCCUUUCUCUGUAAAUUUUGUACUUAUUAAUUUUUAUUCUCAUUGUAACUUAGCAGCACAUUGUAACUCUCUGACCUACGCCAUAUAAGCCUCUGGCUUUGGCAUCUUAUUAUCGUUAACUUGUGCUUUGUGUACUUAUUUAUCAAUAAACUCACUUAAGGGGAGAUCAGGGCAUUACAAGUGGGGGAGUAUGAUGGGGAUGGAAGGAAUCCGAGAUAAUAGGAUGUGGAAGGGAUGCAGUGGGCAGAAGAGGAAAGAGUGGCAAAUUGGAGUUUUAAAAGGGCGGUAAGCGGGCAAAAUAGAGGGAAAUUAUGCAACAUUGCUUAACAUUUUGCAAUUGAAAAGAGCUACAGGGAGGAGGAGGAAGCCAAGAAAAAAGGGGUGGGAGCUGGUAAUGCAAGGUAUGGGAGGCAGGACGUUUGGCAUCCCCCCUGUACCACACCCUUCACAUCAUAGCACAUGAGUAAUGUAUAUGUUGUAGCCAUUUUUUUAUCCCAGGUAACUUUUAUUUUUCCUUUGUUUCAACUUCAUUAGCAAACAUUACCAUACCCAAAAGCAAAAGAAAAACAAAAGUUACCUGACAUAAAAAUUAACUACAACAUGUAUUUAAAGCAUAUGAAAUAGAUGUUGUACAAAUUUGAAUUUAAUUCCCCAACAGGUUUGCUCAGGAAGGUGACAGGAAGGUCUGAAGACCUUUUUUUGGUUUCAGAUCUGAGAACCUUAAGGCCAUUUUGUGGGAUUAAAAAUUUGGUCUCAUGUGAUUCUUUGACACGUUAGAGUAUUACAUGUGAUUACCCCCUUGGGAUAACUUCUCUCACCUGCUUAGUUAGUGUGAACCCUCAUUUGAGCUGUUGUUAGCAAGUAAGCUGUAAUUAAAAAACAAGAGAGAAACUGAUUAUGUGGGGAAAAGGCAAGUCAAUUCCUAAUCAAAAGGUUCUUACCUAAACAUAACAAAAAUGACUUAAAAAAUAAUUUAUUCAAGUUCAAACUGUCCUAUUACAGCAAGCUGCUUAAUUACACUGUCCUGUUUACAUUAAAAUUAGUGCCACACUGCAGGGUUCUCCAUUAGUGCAGGCAGCCAGCUAUAAAUUGGAGGUUUGAGCCGUGUACUAUUUGUGAAAAGAGGUAAAGUGAGAGAGUGAAAGCCUGAAAUUGCCUUCAAAACCCAUUUGACAAGCUGCCUACUUUUACAUCCCAGCUGCUUACUUUCAAACUAAACGAGAACCCUCCUGUGCAGAUUGUAGAGUUUCAAUUCUUAUAGUUGAUUAACCAAAUGAUUAUAUGUACUAUCCUGUAAAGGUUCAGAAUCACCACAUGCUCCGAAGAUCUCCCACAAGGACCUUGUAAAUAUUACAGUCACCGUUAACACUGUAGCAAGAUUUAAAUGCGUGCAAGAAACACUUGCUGGAAGUUUGGACCCACCCCAAUUUGACUGGGUUAAAUGGAACCCGAACUAUGACUCUGCUCUGGACAUUGACCAUGGAAAAUUCACCAUAAUUGACAUGGAUUCAAAGUACACAAUCAAUCCAGAUGCUGAAGGACAUCACCAUAUUUCCUAUCUUACAAUUCACAAUGUCACACUGAAUGACAGUGGUUUGUACUCUUGUGUUGUGUGCAACCAGUAUGGCAGAGAUUACCGGACUGUCUUUCUCAGCUUGGAAGGUUAGCAAAAAAACCACAACUUAUGCUGGGCCCAGUUGUUCGAAGGCCAAUUAGUGCUUAACCCAGGGUUAAAUUUAACCCAGAUUUCUAUUUCUUUUUUUCAAAAGCAUUUUCUUGGAUAAUUUUCUCAAUUAUUAUUAAGAGCAUCCAAUCAUCAACUUGUUGACAAAAAAAAUCAAACUGAAAUCACUUUCUACGCUUUCAUUUCUGAAUUCAAAUUUUGCACUAAACCUGGCCGUUAUCUUAACCCAGCUUUGAACAACUCGGCCCAGGGCUCUUCCACACUAAGCCAAUAUCAUUGGUUCAGCUCUGCCAAAAAUACAGACUGCAGCUGAUUUUUCCUGCCUUUAUAAAGUUUUAUUGUCAUUCGGCCUUUACCAAUAAAACUUCAAAUUAGCACCUGCAUAGUAUGAGGCUGGGCACUUUGAACUAGACUUGGUAGGGGUUGACAAUUUAGUAGGACUGAACUUAUGGUAAAAUGGAGAGUAUGAGAUCAGAGAUAUUUUUAAUAAUUUAAAAUUUUGGCUUAGUGUGGAUUGGGCCCUUUAAUAUAAACAUUAAGAAAUAGACCCUAACUCAAUUUAAUAACUGAAUAAUAUAAAUAAUUUUAUUUAAUUACUUAAUGGUUUGUUUGCAAUUAAUUUGUAGAGCAACUUAUAUGUAAAGCUAUAAAAGCUUAUAUAGUUUACAGCUAAACUCUGUUUAUAUGGACACAUUUGCGACUGCGGCACUUAUAAUUUUUUUUUAUGAGAGAUGCAUGCUCACCUUAUAAAAAGUCAAAGAAAAUGACUGAAGAAAAAUGAGCAUGAAUCGAAAAUUGGACUGUCCAUCUUAAGGAGGGGUCCUUUAACAGAGAGUUCACAAUAGUACUUCAGUCUGUAAAAAAUGAUCACCCAGCAAUCCAUGUGCUUUUAUUUAGGUUGGUACGUGAAGUGAUAAGCUGUAUUAAAUAAGGUUUCAAAAACUUAUUAAUAAUUCAUGAAGAAAAAACAAAAGAUAUUAAUGUUUAAGGAGUGUCUUAAUUUAUAUCUGAUAAAGACACAGCUAAACUUUAUGUCCAAUUUUGUUGACCAAAAUGACCCCAAAUCUAGAUAUUAGUGCAAGAAAAAGAGUAGACCUACAUCAGAGAUUUUGAAGCCAUUCAAAAAACUCCCAGUUGUGAAUUUUCAGGUUGAAAAACUCUCGGCUUUUUCGCCUCAAGUUUUUGAAACUGAUAAUACUGCACUCCUGCUUGUUUUUUUACACAUUACAUAAUAAUUUGAUACAUUAAAAUAAAAUAUUCUUUUCCAACAGAAUUCCCAAAAACAAAGGUUCGCUUCCUUGAAUCUUCAACACGGGAUUCAAGUAAACCAGGCAAGCAUGAAACUUCCAACAGACUGUAUGCUCCCCUCUUACUUACUUAGGGUAGCUGUAGUAGUGCAUGUGUGGUAGGUCUUGAAUUAAAUAUGGAAAACUAACAAUCAUUAAAAUUUAUUAUUCUUUCCAACAGUUUAUUCAACAAAGUCUCCUUUAAUUGUUCCCUCAACACGUCCUGAACGUUCAGGGGUGAGCCAACAAACUGUUAUUAUUUUGGGCAGCUUGGGAGCUAUGGCUGGGCUCAUUGUGAUUGUGUUCAUGAUCUACGUUGCCUGGAAAAAGCGAGGAGGAGGAAAAAUGCAGCAGAAUUUACCAGUGAUUUUACAAGAGUCAAACUUAAUGAUUGAAGCAGAGGAAAAUGUGCCUCCCUCUCCUACAUACACGGUGUCAAAUGGACAAGUUGCCGUUGCACGAAAGAGAAACAGCAGUUACAGAUCACAGCUGUCAUCUGUAGCAUCUGCUGGAACUGUAAUAACAUAUACAGAUGGUAUGAUAACAAGCCUACAAAUUUACUUAUCAGGGUACAAAGAAAGUUAUUUUUACACCUUGCCAUUCUGGCAAGCUGGGACUAGCAUAUACUAGCCCAAAUGUUUUGAUGAGCAAAAUUGAUUUCACAGUUCUUCUGUAAUUUGAAUUCCUCAAAAACUUCACUUGCCCAUCGGGCAACAAGUUAAGAACAAACUUCACUAGCCCAAUAGCAAAAUCCACUAGCCCUGGGCUACCGGACACUGCUUUCUUUGCACACUGCUUAUUAAUUAAAAAUAAUAGUUAUGAUAAUGAUAAUAAUAAUAGAAUUAUAUAAUUACAAUAGGGAUUGCAGGGAAAGAGUGUAUUGGACUCAUGACGCAGGGGUCUUACUGCUAAGUAAGAUCCUGAUGGUUCAUUUAAAGUGAUAUUUAUAAUACAUGCAUAUCUUUCAGCUGAGUUUGAAUACCCACUGGAUGAGAAAUGGGAGGUCCCAAGAGGAUCAAUUGCAAUUAAGGAGCUAGCUGGUGAAGGUGCAUUUGGUUACGUUGCAAAAGCAGAGGCCUUUGACCUACCUAACAUGCCUUCACCUUGUAUUGUGGCUGUCAAAAUGUUAAAAGGUUAGGUGACAUCAUGACUAUGUUGUCUAGUCCUAAAUGUAUGUUUGUUAGUUUAUUUCCUUUUUUUAAAAGAAAUUUAUCAAGAGUCACACAGGAGGAAAUGUAGGCAGAUUCCGUAGCCACAGUGGGUAAUUAAUCCAAAGGCCUCGCCUAAGAAAAUUUUGAAAAGUACAAUCAUUAUCAUUUGGAUUAAAAAACCCAAUUCAUGCAAGCUAGGACAUGUACAUUGUAUACAAAAAAUAUAAGGGCAAAAAAUCUGUCUGUAAAAAUGAGGUGUCCUCAGUUAUUAUAUAAGCAGGUGUCCGUAAGGCAGGGUUUGACCAUCUGCAACUGUCUGCAUUGGUUAAAAUUUGCCUUUUAUGUUAUCACCAACCCCUUUUUCUAUAUUAUCAUCCUUAAAUAAUUACAUACAUCCUUCUCCUAAUUAUGGCAAAUUGCAGCAGGCAUCAGCAACUUUUGAAACCCACUGUUAGUACAUUUUAUUGCGGGCAACAAGAGGAGCUGCAAUCCUAAUCUCCAGGUUGUUAUUACGCAUGCAUGGCAUGUAUGUAGCCAGUAUUUAUUUGGACUUCCACUAAGAGUGUAUGGAAUGCAGAGAACACACCUUGAUCAUGGAUCUUGGAUCUUGGACCUUCUAUCACUUGUAAUCUGAUCACACGUGUUUUGACCAUCUGUCACAUGAAACUUACGCAAAGCACAGCAAUGGUGAAAAAGCAUUUUUUCCAGGAUGAGUUUUGACCUUCGAUUGUUGUCGCCCGCACUCCGUAACCUUAGGUUAUUACUAGUUAACUAAUUACUGUAACUUUUAACUGGUUUACAUUUAGGUAAACAUUUCUGUACUAGCUGCUAUUCCCGACACAAUUUACUCAUUUCUUAAGAACAAAAGUAAUAACUGCACCUAAAUUAUAUUUUUAUAAUUAUUUGUUCAUGUAGAAAAUGCCUCUGAUGUUGAAUUAUCUGAUCUCAUAUCUGAAAUGGAAACAAUGAAAGAAAUAGGAACUCACAAAAACAUUGUGAACUUUCUUGGGGCCUGUACAAUACAAGGUGAGGAUCACAACAAAAGAUAAAGCUGUCAUUCAUUCUUAUUUAUUUGCCAGGCUAAAAGUCACUAUCUCAUUUAACUCAUUGCAAAUAUGGCAUCUACAGUAUUGCCUUCCCAGCUCUAGCAGUAUGCAGGAACCAUUAGUUUUAACUAGGUUCAUUCAAAAAUGGCCUUAGCCAUCAAAAGUCUCUUGCAGCUCAGUGGUAGAGUACC